AUGAAUUUUGGUGUGCAAGAUUUAUUGGAAAUACGAAAUGAUCCUGAACAUCGUAACUGGCAUGCUGUUGGAGAUGCUCUCAUGUUGCUUGGUGAUGGCCUCAGGCAAUAUGCUGAGAAAAAGAUGAUAGAUUUUCAUGCUUUGCUACUGAGAAAGGUGGCAGGAGUCAAAUGCAGUUGCAAGUGUACGCUUGGAAUGAAACCAAACCCUCAUGGAAGAGCAACAACUUGUAUUUGGGCCCAGGAAUUGAAGAAACAUCACGUUUUUACAAAGAAAGCUGACAUUCCUUGGCAUCAAAGUGACUGUAGCAGAUGGCAUGACCCUGCUGUUGGUUACUGGGAGAUUGCGAAGUUGUUUAUGUCAGGUAUAGGAUCUGAUCCGGCCAAAGUUACGGACCCAAAUUCCACAGAUGUUGGUCCUCUACUUAAUUUGUUUAGAUUUUGUAAACAUUUUAACGUUCAGAAGCCUUUAUUGAAAGCAGUUACAGAAAGAAGGAAUCAGUGGGCUCAUGCACCAACACGAAGACUUAGUGAGGGUGAUAAAAACGCUGCUUUUCAAGACAUUACACUUUUAAUGAAUGACCCUGAGUUAUUGACAAGCAAAGAAGUUCAAGGCUGCAAACCAACAAUUAACAAAGUGGAAUCGGCGGAUGUUUUAAUCUUAGAGGAGAAUCAAUUGCGUCUAGUGGAAGAAUAUCGACGUAUUAAGGAAUGCGAGAAUCUUCAGAUGAAAGAAAGAUUGAAUGCUGCAAACGAAGAAAUAAAAAUCUUACGAAACCGUGAGCUUGGUGACAAAUCUUUGGAUGGCCUUUCUGAUAAAAAAGGUGUUAUGUUUUGGGUACGCAAUAUAGGUAUCAAUGUUCGAACAGUAUUUUUUUUUGUGAUGUCACUUCGGCGCCGAGUUCCUGGUUGGCUACAGUGGAGUUUUACAUUAUUUCUUAUAUUCUCUCAAGUUGGUGAUCGUGGUGGGAUUGCAUCAGAUGAUGGUAAGAUGAUUUACAUAUUAGCUAUAAGUGUAGGUAAUAGGUUAGUUUCGAGUGCAAUUUGGAUAAAACACGAGUGAUUUUUUCAAAGAGCAUCAAAAUAGUACGAGUCCGAAGGACAGUGCUAUUUGAGGUCUUUGAAAAAGUCACAAGUGCUUGUUUUAUCCAAAUUUUACGAGAAACCAUCCUAUUACGGCUUAAUAAUAUACAUAACACAAUUGUAGUUUUAACUUACGUUUACUGUUUUCGUAUAUCACAUUAUACAGCGCUAACGACUUGAAAAUUUCACUCACGCAAGUAGAACACAAGGUAUGGCCAAAUUCCGAGACCAUUUAACAAUUAGAUAGCGAGCUCGAGUUGUCUAUGAGGGAAGUAAGAGCUGAUUAUUCGCUUAUAGAUACAGAUAACGAGACCAAGAUGUCUAAAUGUUGUCGUAUACACUCCCACUGUACAUUCCUACUUAAUUAAAGAACAAACUGAAAGUAAACCUUUGCAUAACACUUUGUGCGAUCCAGUCGGGAUGCAGAGACCAAAAUGUUCCAUUGUUUAUCCUCUGUUCUGAAAAAUUCACUUUCCUCUGUCAUCCAGGCACCACUGUUUUGUCGUUUAUGCAAAGGUUCAGUUUCCUUGCACACCAAAAAGACUUGAUGGUGAUUUUAUACAUAUAUAAUAAUAUACAUAAAAAUAUUCGACUGUGAUUGGUCGAUUUCAGUGCAGUUAAUCUCAAACAGCAGUGCAAAAUUCUGCAACAGUGCAAAAAUGUGUAACAAAAAAUCUACCAAUUAGCUUAAAGCAAUCGUCAAUACUUCAAGUAACGGUCGCAUCGGGUGAAACUUUAAACAAGACUAGCAAAACGUGACUUCUACAGUAUCUUUUUGUUAAAAUUGAUUAUAUAAACUUGUUCACGGUGAAGACAGUGAAGUUUUGACGAAGUUAGGCAAUUCAAUAGAAUCAUCAGAACUUCAAUAAAAAAUUUCAAAUUUAAAGUCGUAGCUCAAUAUAAAUCGUAUGUCCGUAUACCAGUCAAUCAGGUCUUUUUCUUCUAUUUUUCAGGGUGUUCCUCUGCAAUGAUAAAAUCGCCAAUAAGCCACUUUCUGUUGCAACAGUUCGACUUUUCCUCUCAUCUUGCCUACAAGAGAGAAGGAUUUGUUGGCCGGAAAUGGUUCUUUUUGGAACUAGAGUAUAUCUUCGAGAAAGAUCUAGGUGCAGCUGGUGUUUUGAUUACUGGCGGGCCAGGAUCCGGAAAAUCCGCAUUAAUGUCACAAUUGGUAUGUUCAUCGUAUUCCAGCCGGGUUAUUCAUAAGAAUAUCAUUGGUUAUCAUCUGUGUGAAUAUUCCGAAAAGGGGAAACGUGACGGAGCGAGAUUUGUGCGCAAUUUAGUUGACCAAAUUGCAGCACGAUUUUCUGGUUAUUCUGAACAUGUAAUAAAGAAUGAACCGAUGAGAAGGGAGCUGCAAGGCACCCUCUGUCAACAAGAUCCCACAGGAUGUUUCUUUACUUCGAUAUUGGGACCAUUGAGAGAGUUUAAGCCACCCGAUGGUCUUCGGUAUAUUGUAAUAGAUGCUUUAGAUGAAUGCUUUCAGAGUGACAAAACAUCCGAAAUUAUUGAAAUGCUGAGCAGUAAAAUAUCACAUUUCCCCAAAUGGUUAAAGGUGAUAUUAACUUCACGAAAUCUGACGAUGGUUACGACAAAAAUACCUCGAGUUAUUAGAAGGAAGCCAUUGUACGCGAAUGACAAACGAAAUGAAAAAGAUAUUCGUCUUUAUGUGUCGCGUUUUAUAUCUCAAAAUUCGUUUUUCAUGGAUCGACUGUUGGCAGCAAUGAAUGUUACAUCAAGAACGUAUGGUAUGAGAAUAUUUUUGGACGAAGUAAUCGCGCGAGCUGAAGGGAAUUUUUUGUUCGUGAAGACGACACUUCAAUAUAUGAACGAUACCAAUGGUGUGGUCGAUCUUCGCUCCUUGCCAACAAGUCUGUUUGAUUUGAAUAGCAUUUUCUUUAACAGACAAUUUGGCAAAGACGGUUUUGGGCCAUUCAGAUCUCUUUUUGAGGUUUUGUUAUCUGUUGGCUCGCCGCUACAAUUGAACGAUGUGGAAGAAUUACUUAGAAGCGAGUAUGAAGAAGAGGAUGUCUCCCAACUUAUAGACCAAGCGUCUUGUUUCCUGCGAUUUGGUCUUGAUGGAACAAUGAGAAUAUAUCACCAAUCUUUCGCUGAAUGGUUGAUAAACCAGUCUAAUGUUAUCCACAUUAAUGAAACUAGAGCUCAUCGAAAUAUCGCCAAGUUUCUACUGCAUCGCAUUCUUAAAAGAGAUACGAAAGUUAGGCCUGGGGAAAUUAUUGAACUUUUCAUGCACAUACUAGCAGGAAAUACAUUAGAAAUACAUGGAAAAUCUAUAGAUCUUUUAGACAUUACCGAAAUGCGCGAACCCCGAACGAACCAAUCCAUACUACACCAUCUUGCUGUAAAACCAAGACCGUUUCAACCUGUACUAGAGUUCUUCCUACCAAAGUUUAGAACCGUUGACGUACUAGAUUCGAGGAAGAAAACACCAGCAUUUUACGCAGCAUCUGAAAACCUUGUUGAAAAUUUGCGAAGCUUCAUUGACAGAGGAGCAGACGUAAAUUCGUUUUUAGAAGGAUUUAAGAAAUUAGAUCCCUUCCUGAAUGUUGUUCGCAAUACUGGUAUCGAAGAAUUCAGCUUUAUACACGCUGCUGCUGCGAAAGGGCACAAAGAUGUUGUUGAACUUCUGAUAAAAAAUAAUGCUAGUUUUCACGAAUCAAGCCAGAUGUAUCCAACACCUCUUCACUUAGCUGCAGGAAAUGGGCAUUUAGAAGUACUUAGCUUGUUUUAUGAUUAUGGUGCAAAAUUUGACGUUAUUACACUGCAUCAUGCGGCAGCAAGAAAUCAUCUAGAUGUCGUGGAGUUUUUAUUGACAACAGUAGGAGUUCGUGAUAGUUGUUUACAAUGUACAUGUAAACCUGAACACCUUUCGAAAUUUAAAAUAGAGGAUGUGCACUUGUACUUUUGUGAAACGGCACUUCAUGCUGCUGUGUCAAGAGGACACAUGGAUAUCGUAAAGAUCUUGUUAGCGUUUGGAAACGGAGCGUUGGAAUGUAAACAUCAUUCUGGAAAGACAGCGUUGAUGGAUGCAGUUGAGAGACAUGAUGUUGAAAUGGUUGAUUUACUAUUGGAGAAUGGUGCCAAUGCCACUACGCAGUGUGGUAAAAUAUCGAAGAGAAGUAAGAGUGAAAUGUGUUCAUUGCCCUCUGAGUACAAACAUGAUUUAUUGUAUACAGUAAACUGCACAGAGGAUAGUUGUAAAUGCGGUAACACAGCCAUUCAUGUCAGUGCUAAAUAUGGUUUCUUGAAGGUGGCAGAGAAACUGACUAGCGAAAACGUUUAUGAUCUAAUAAAUGUGAAAAAUUGUGGCUGGGAGAGUGCACUAUCUGUUGCCAUUUCACGUGGUCAUACGCAUUUUAUACGCUAUGUUAGUAAAAUCUAUAAGCCUAAUUUUCUGGAUUCUCAUAUUGUUCAUGGAGCAAUUCUUCGUUCUUCUUAUAAUGAGGUAAAACAUAUUCUUAGUUAUCCCGUGAAUUAUAUAUAUGAGCAUAGAUGGGAACUUCUAUUGCGUAGCGUUUAUUGGAUUCCAUAUCACUUUUACACUACGGAUACAUUUCCUUUUGAUCGUCUUUAUCGAGCAUUAUGUGAAGAUGAAAAUCUUUCUUUGGUAGAAAGUAUACAAAUGGUAUCAAGAAAGCGAUUAGCUAUCAUGAGGUUGUUAGUCGAAUCGUUUGAAGAGAAGUCAUUUAUUUUGAGCAGAAAAGACGAUAAAGGAAUGACACUUUUGCACCAUGCUGCUGAAAAUGGGUUUGAUGAUGCUGUUAAAUUUCUUGUUGAAGCUGGCGCCGAUACAGGAAUAAAGAAUGAAGAAGGUCAUAGCCCAUUGACACUUGCGGCGUUAAAGUCAAUACGAAAUGUCAACAUGUACUAUAGUUGCUACACUACAGGCGAUGGGCAAUUUGGUUCGUGCAACACUUCAACUUUCGAUGAGAUAACAAGGUACCUGAUAUGGUUGGAGCGAUCAAAUUUUCUAAAAUGCGAUGCUAGAAGUGCCUCUUUGUUGGGGAUGAUAAUUGAAAAACAAAUGCCAUUGAGUUUGUACGAAUUGUUAAAAGCAGGUGUGGAUAUGAAUUGCCAAGAAGAAAAAUCGGCUCCGCGUCCCUUUUUGAGAAAUCUUCAAUUGCAAGGGCGACAGCUGAGCGAGGUGUUUAAAAUCUUUGAAAUUGAUAUCUCAUUAAGGUGUGGAGUUUCUGGUCUUUGGUCAGAGUUGCAUCUAAUAUCCCUCUAUUCACCACAUCGUAUUGGUAAUUUUUUUGAGCCUUCGCUGAAUAGAAGGCGUUCUCCUUUACAAAGGUUGAUUGACAAGCAUCCGGACGGUGUUGGUAUUUUCGACAAAUGUUACGAUGAUGCUGGAUUCUUACCUAUACACCUCGCUGCGCAAGGUGGAAACCUUGCUGCAAUAAAAUGGUUUAAAAGUAUUGGAGUUGACACACAACGGAAAACACGAGAUCAUGAUUUUACUGCUCUUGAUAUUUCUAUAAUAAAAUUGCGAAAUAUAAGUAAAGCUGAACUUAUUACACCAUCAGAGAGUACCCAAUAUUCUACAUCGGGUUAUCGAAAAGAGGUAUUUGAAGAAUUGUUGCGAACGUUUUUUACCAUUACACCUGAAUACAAAUCAGAGUUUCUAUGUAGACCGAGCCUAGAAAGACAGUCACCGCUUUACACUGCAGUGUUUGAAGGAAUGACCGUGUUAAGAUACGUGCACAAAAAAGCUUCGGAAAUAUUUCCAAAUUUACCACUGAAUUGCGCAAAUGAACACAGAGUAGACACCUCGUAUCUGGUUCACUUAUAUGAAAUCUUUAAUUCGUAUAUACCUGAUUUCAGUCAAAGAGCGCCGCCGUAUUAA